GCUCGUGUUCAGUGUUUAGCCAUACGCCCUCGAAACCAGUCUGCGUAAAAGGCGUGACGAAAAGCAAAAUGUCGUCCGACGAUGAGCAAAUUUCAGAACAAGAGAGGGCCAAAAUAGCAGCUGAUUUCAUUCUGCAUGCGCCUCCAGGAGAAUUCAAUGAAGUCUUCACAGAUGUGCGACUGUUGGUGAAUGAUGACAAUCUGCUAAAGAGUGCUUCAGGGUCCUUUGCACAGUAUAACAAAGACCAGUUCACACCAUGUAAAGUGAGUGGCUCGGAAGAACAGUGUUUGAUAACAGAGCAUGGAGAUGUAGGAGAAGGAAGAUUUUUAGACCCAAGAACCAAACAGACAUUUAAGUAUGAUCAUUUAAAGAAGGAAGCCUCUGACUUCCAGGAUGCAGAUUAUGACCGUGCAUCCGAACCAUGGAGAGCGGCCGUGGAAGAAGCAAUCACAUCAUACCAUAAAACAUAUUAUAAAUUUGGAGUUUCGUCAACAUAUGGUAGCAGCAAUGGUGGAAAUAUAACUAUAAUAGCUUGUAUUGAAAGCCAUCAGUUCCAACCUAAAAAUUUCUGGAAUGGAAGAUGGCGGUCCCAGUGGUCAGUUACAUUUCCAGAGUCUGGAGGAAAAGCAGAGCUUACAGGUCUCCUUAAAGUACAGGUUCACUACUAUGAAGAUGGCAAUGUACAGUUAGUGAGCUCAAAAGAAGUCAAACAUACUAUAAAUACACAAGAUGAACAAAAAAUGGCGAAGGAGUUUGUGAAAUUUGUUGAAGAUGCUGGUGUGGAGUAUCAGACUGCCAUAUCGGAGAACUUCUAUACAAUGAAGGACACGACAUUUAAAGCAUUACGACGCCAACUUCCAGUCACACGCACCAAGAUAGACUGGAACAAAAUUUUAGGUUACAAAAUCGGCAGUGCUUUAAAAAAAUAAUGUUAGCAUAAACACUUAUGUUUCAUAGACAUUUAGAAAUAAUCCUCAACUAAAAUUGCCAUGGGAACAGACACAUCUUUGUUUCUGUACAGCUGCUCAUUUCAGUACUUAUCCAGACCAGCCUGCGCAGCUGUGCAGUCUGGUCAGGAUCCAUGCUGUUCGCUUUCAAAGCCUAUUGCAAUUAGGGAAACUGUUGGCGAACAGCAUGGAUCCUGCACUGGUCUGGAUCUAUGCUGGUCGCAAAAGCACUAUGUUGGUUUUCUCAUGGUGAGGCACAUUUGUUAUCCUACGUUUGUAACGUGACAGUAACCACAUUUUCAAAGAAUUAUUAAUGAAAUUUGUAUUUAUUUAUUAAAAAAAGACCUAUAGCCUGUGAGACUGUACCAACAUUAGGAUGAUUGUUUAAUUAAUCCUAACUUUAACCCUUAUCUUGCUGGACACGAGUGAUUCUGCGACCAGUGCAGAUCAAGAUCAGCCUGCACAUCCGUGCAGUCUGAUCAUGAUCUGCACUGUUCGCCAUUCAGUCACUAUCUUUUUGGUAUGUACACCUUUUAACAGCUAAUGGUACUGUCCAAAUUAAUAGAUGGACAAGUUCAAUAUAUAGAAAUUUAGCAGGGUAUGGGUUAAAGGAAUAAUUCUUGCACUAUAGUUACACCAGCGUAAUGUUGAAAUGAUUGUGUUGAAAUGAUCAGUUAUAUAGGAUAUUAUGUUGAUCAUGAUGCUGAUCGUGAAGCACACUACGUAUAAUUGAAGUACUUUUUUGUUUAUUAUCUGAAACAUAAAAACACCAGGAACAUUAUGUAUACUUCCUUUUAGGUAAAGUUAGGCCGUAUCAACUUUUUUUUCUGUUUUUGGUAACAUAAGAAAGGUCUUUGCAUGUUAAAUAUUCUGAAAAUGAAAGUAUAUUUGAGCCGUGCCAUGAGAAAACCAACAUAGUGGGUUUGCGACCAGCAUGGAUCCAGACCAGCCUGCGCAUCCGCGCAGUCUGGUCAGGAUCCAUGCUGUUCGCUAACAGUUUCUCCAAUUCCAAUAGGCUUUAAAAGCGAACAGCAUGGAGCCUGACCAGACUGCGCGGAUGCGCAGGCUGGUCUGGAUCCAUGCUGGUCGCACACCCACUAUGUUGGUUUUCCCAUGGCACGGCUCAUUUAGUGAAUACAUUGUGGAUCAUGACAGUUUUUGGAAAAUAGAAAAAUACUAAAAUAAAAAAGACUCACGGAGCAUGGUGUUUUAUCUUCAAUGCUUCUUGUUGUUGGCGUUCAAAUUAAAUGUGAAAAUGAACAUAGAAACAAGUUGGUACGUUCUAGUGAGGAAAUUAAAGUUGAUGUAAUAAAGUUCAAGCUGUUUUGUAAAAAAACUUGAUAAAAUGUUAACAUGAACACAAAUAAGAGUUUUGUAUUUGUUUUGUUUAGAUUCAUUCCAGCUGUUUGAGUUAUCUGUAAGUUCCUGUUGUAUGUCAGAAUGCCGGUUGUUUAUUGGUUACUAUUAAAGUGCAUUUUUAAAACUGGUAAUUUUGAUAAAGAUUGUAAAUGUCUGAAUUUAUUGUUGGUUAUCGUUUAUCUGUGAAACAUUCAGUAUCACUCAAUAUUACAGACCUGUAUUUGAUACUUCCUUCUUCAUUACAAAUACAAGAAUUCAUUUUUGCACAAAGUGCACACUGGAUGAAUAGGCAAGCAAGAGGGUACUUUGGCUUUGGUCGUACAAAAUAUAUGAUUUGCAAAGCAAAAAUAAUGUAUUUUCAGUUUGACAGAAGAUUAAUUCAUUAAGAUUUAACCGUCAUUAAUUCUCACUUACAUUACAUUAUGUAAGUUUGUUUUUUUUGUCUAACAAUUAGUUGUUAGUAUAUUUUAUGAGACUUUAUUGCAGAUGAAAGCAAAACGCAAAAUAAAAUAAUUCCUGGAUUGGUGCUUACCUGUUUGGAGAUUAUAUGAGCCGUGCCAUGAGAAAACCAACAUAGUGGGUAUGCGACCAGCAUGGAUCCAGACCAGCCUGCGCAUCCGCGCAGUCUGGUCAGGAUCCAUGCUGUUCGCUAACAGUUUCUCUAAUUACUAAAGGCUUCGAAAGCGAACAGCAUGGAUCCUGACCAGACUGCGCGGAUGCGCAGGCUGGUCUGGAUCCAUGCUGGUCGCAUACCCACUAUGUUGGUUUUCCCAUGGCACGGCUCAUAUGUCUACUUUUUACAUGAUAUGUGAGAGAAUUUCAUGGCCGUUGUAACUUUAUUUUCAGUUAAGGUAUGGUUAAAAAAAUUAUUUGAAUUUAAUCAUUUUCAAAAAGUGUUCAUCCUCUUUUUUCCCUCAGUCCAUGUUGAAAAAUAACUAGGGUAAUCUUAAACUUGACAUGCCCAGGCUGAUUAUUACCAUGUUGUCUCUACUGAGCAAAUACAUGGUAUAAAACACUGGAAAACCGUUACGGUAUUAAUUUCCUUCUAAACGCUAUCUCAUCUUUCUCUUUAAAAGAUUGCAAUAUUUAUCUUUCAGUAGCAGCGUUGUAAAUACUAAAUGAUUUUAUUUUUCUGCAUAUUAAAUAUAUAUGAAAAAAAGGAUUGCAAUAUUUCACACAGAUACACCUCAGCAUCGACUUAAAAAUGUUGUAGCACAUUUAGUCCAAAAACAUUUGCAGUAUUUGUGUAAGUUUUGGGGGUCCAAAACAUCUGCUGUAUUUAUGUAUAAUUUGGGCUUAAUUUUCUGCUCUUAAUACACGCAUUAUUAUGAUAUAUAUAAAUUGGCCAAAUUAUUUAUGUUGUUGUUGAUUGCAUUUAUGAAACUUGGUUUAAUUUUUUGCGUUUUUGAUGCAGUUCAUUGUACCGAUUGUAGCAUGGUUUGAAAUACCUGUAGAAUACAGAGUGAAAAAAUGUCCGAGAUGGAUUUGUUUUAAUCUUACAUGACCAGCAAAUAACAUAAAUAAUAUAAAAUACCACAAUGUGUGAUGAAAUACCACAAAGUGAGGGGAAGUACCAAAAAGAAUGACCCAGCAGAUUUGUAAAUGAAUCUGUAGUAAGUUCUGUCUAGGAAUACGAGUAUUUUGAUCAUUGGUUCAUAUUCUGUAUUGAGGGAUGAUAUCAUACAGAAGUUGGAGCAAAUAUACAAUAAGUGCCACAUUAUUGUUCCUUAUAGACUUGCACAUACAAUGCUUGAAAUAAAACCUAAUGAAGAAUUGUAUGACUAAACAUUGAAGUGCUGAAAGUUUUCAAAAUAAGUUUUAAUUUUUUUCAUCAAUUUUUCCUUGUUUUUCACUGACUUCAAUGGAACAUCAGAAAUAUGUGUUAAUUUGGUGGAAAAAAAAUUAUUAGUGAAAUAUUAAGAUAGGAAAAUAGAUGAUCUUGCUAAAUGUGUUGUUUUUAUGAAUGCUUAUUUCUUGUGAAAGGGAAAAAAACACAAUUGUGUGUACAAACUUAUGUCAGAGUACUGCCUGUAAGUCGGUGAGAAAAACUGCUUUGUGAACAUUUAUUUGGCACAGAAUUGUAACAGUUUAAACACUGCACUUUAAUGUAACUGUUUAUAUGUAAGAAAUAAGACCUUACAGUGAAAUUAUUUUCUGUUUUCAGUCUUAAAGAAUUCUUGUUGUGUAUUAAAAGUACUUAGUUUUGAGUACAUUGUGUUUAGAAAUUAGUGCUGAAAUUUGUCACGUGUCGAGUUAAACACAUGUCCAGUUAAACUGAUGUUACGAAAAUAUUAUGAACUGUUGUUUGUGGCCGACAUUACUGAGUGCUUGAUUUUUGGAAUUAGCCAAGUGUAUAUAAAUAUAUAUGAUUUUAAUUACCAUAUUACUUGAAAUAUAUGCAAUCAUCCA